AUGCCGGUACGUGGUAAUAAAUCAAAAGCGAAAAGUAAUAACGCGAUACAAUGUGGUGUGGUUGAAUGUUUUGGUGGUGAUAAUGAGAUUCAGAGUUGUGCGAUACAAAAUGUUGUUGAUAACGCUAAGGCAGUGUCAUCGGAUGAAUCACGUGAGGGACAUGCUUGUAAGACGUGUCGCGGGCCGGACACUGAAGAGAUGGUCCAGUGCGACGCGUGUGACGGCUGGCAUCACUUUGCUUGUGUAGGUGUAUCAGAAGAAAUAGCCAAUCAGAACUGGAGCUGCACAAGCUGCGUUACGGCAAAAUGGGUUCAGCGAACUAAGGCAGCUUCUGAUGGAGCACCAGUACAUGAAAGCGUAAUCGAUGAUCGAAGAUCACUGCGCAACCUAAGCAUCGGGAAGAUCGUUACCAGUAACCGUGGAAAUCCAGUUAUUCCUCCGGUUCUGCUGUCAACAAAUCAGUUGACAGUUUCGUCAUCUAACCAACAGCCAGUUCCGCUGGAUACAGUGCCUGCACAAAUGGCACCGCAGUAUCAACUGAGAGGUGUAAGCAAACCAGGAGUUUGUAUAAACGAAACGUCAUCAAAGCCAACCCAGUCGUUGAAGGCUCCCCCAAUCCAAGAGCGACGGACAGAUCCAGCCCCAGCGUACUGUCAGCAGAAUCAAAGGCCUUCAUUGCCGGCUGUAAGUCUGCAAGUGAUCGAUGUAGAGAAAGCUCUCUCAGAGAUCUCUAUAUCCUCAUCGCGAAAGUCUGCAAAGGAUCGUGCAAAGCUCCAGCUCAUGAGGCUACAGGAAGAACGAGCAUUUCAGUUACAGCAAGAGGAAAAGGCAGCGCAAGAGUAUAAGUUGUACUUAGACAAUAAAUACAAAAUCCUUGAGAACCUGGCGAACGAUAAAGCAUCGAGUCGAAGUUCAAAUGUAUGCGGUAGCCGAGUAGAAGAGUGGGUCCGAGGCACUGCUCCUAUAGCCAUAGAUACAGCUGAAGCCGCCGCUCCAGAACGAUCUCGGAAGCACGACGACGUAUUUCAGCAGCAACGGGAGGAAUUGGAAAAGCAAGCAAGUACAAUCAAUCGAAUGCGGGAAGAGCAGUUGGAACAAGGUAGGCUUCUACGCGAGCAGCAACAGCAGUUAUCGAAUUGGCAUGCAGAAGUAAGGUCGCAACCGCGAAAUCGAAUUUCUUCUCACCAGGAGCCUGGACGAUUCGUUCCACACGCUCUACCACAGUCAACACAGCUCCACCCGAGAGAGCCUGGUGUGUUGCGUAGCACGCACGAGAACCCGACCAACGACCAUAACACUUUCUCAGUAAAAUCAUCGUCAGUGGACGAGUACGAUCAGUUCCAGCUGUCACGUUCUCAAAUUGCUGCCCGACAGGCAGUUUCCAAAGACCUGCCUAUAUUUUCUGGGAAUCCUGAGGAGUGGCCAGUUUUUAUGUCGAUGUACAAUCGCACCACCACAAUGUGCGGAUUUACAGACGAUGAGAACAUAGUUCGGCUGCAAAAGAGUUUGAAGGGCAAGGCCUACGACGCUGUAAAGAGUCGAUUGAUGCAUUCCGGAAAUGUUUCAGGGAUACUAACUACCUUGAAAAUGUUAUUUGGACAACCCGAGGUAAUCAUACAGUCGUUGAUCGAUAAAAUAAGCUCACUGCCGCCGAUCCGAGAAGACAGGUUGGAAACGCUAAUAAACUUUGCUGUGAGUGUUCAAAACUUUUGUGCAACCGUAGAUGCAUGUGGAAUGCAGGAAUACAUCUAUAACGUUACCAUGCUCCACCAGCUCGUCGGAAAGCUACCAUCGUCGCUGAAACUAACCUGGGCUCAGCAUCGUCUCACACUAAAAAAUGUCAACCUUGCAUCCUUUGGACAGUGGAUCUACACCUUGGCGGAGGCAGCUAGUGUCGUCGUUUUCCCACCUACGGUACGAGGAAUGCAAUCCACUCAUAAUGAAGCUCGUGGAUCAAGGAAAGGAAACGCAUACCUUGGCGCGCAUUCUGAAACAUUUCAUCCUCAAGAAAACUACGAAAGCGAUACGGAAGAACCAUCAACGGUGGCAGCAACGUCAUUCAGAGAAGCCUGUCCAGUUUGUAAAGGAAGCUGCAAGUCUGCUGACAAGUGUCAACGCUUUUUAGAGCUCUCUAGGGAAUCGAAAUGGGCAGUCAUAAGAGAAUUUGGAUAUUGCCGAACAUGCCUGCGAAUUCAUAGAGGAGUUUGUAAAGCAAAACCAUGUGGCAAAAAUGGAUGCACUUACAGGCACCACGCACUGCUACACAAUGAUUCCAGACAAAAAAUAGCAGGGAUUCCUGAACGCACACAAUCUCCACUACCCGGUACUAGCCGUUCCGACUGCAACACUCAUCAAGCAACAGGAAGCUCUGCACUAUUCCGUUACCUUCCUGUAACACUUUAUGGAACAAAAAAGGCGAUUCGCACAUUUGCAUUCCUGGAUGAGGGAUCCGCGCUUACGUUGCUCGAUCAGGAUCUCGCAAAUGAGUUGUGUCUUGAAGGUUCAACACGACCGUUGUGCCUUCGAUGGACCGGAGGAACUGAAAGACAUGAAGCUAACUCACGCGUUUGCAACCUCCAAAUUGCCGGAAUCGACAAGGAAAGUAAACAAUUUCAACUAGACGAAGUUAGAACUGUUGAGGAGCUGUUAUUGCCACAGCAGACGCUAGACAUAUCUGAACUGUCACAGCUGUAUCCGCAUUUGCGGAAUUUGCCGAUUGAAUCAUACAGCAAUGCUCGCCCUCGUAUUUUAAUCGGCAUGAAACAUGCUCAACUCAUUCUAAUGCUUAAGUGUCGAGAAGGUAGAAUGGGUCAACCAAUCGCUAUAAAGACGCGUUUAGGAUGGACCGUAUGUGGGGGAUGGAGCACAGCAAACGACGCUAGCCUACACCAUUACACCUUUCAUGUCUGUCAAUGCAGUGAUGGGUUCGACGAGAAUCUACAUCAGGCAAUGAAGGAUUACUUCGCUCUGGAUAGUCUUGGAGUGACGAAGUCGGAAAAGCUAUCCCUGUCGACCGAAGAUAAACGCGCGAUGCUUCUACUUGAAUCGCUUACCCGUUUAAAAGAGGAUCGAUACGAGUGCGGUUUGCUCUGGAGAUACGACGAUACCCGUCUCCCUGACAGCCGAUCAAUGGCACUGCGGCGAUUCGUAUGUCUUAAGAAACGACUCGAGAAAGACUCUGACCUAGCAAAAACGCUCCAGGAUAAGAUAAUCGAUUACGAGGCGAAAGGCUAUAUUCGUAAGCUCACCGAAGAAGAAAUUAUGCAGCGAGUGCCGCGACGUUGGUAUUUGCCGGUUUUUCCCGUGACGAACCCGAACAAACCUGGCAAGGUUCGGAUAGUUUGGGAUGCUGCGGCUAGCGCUCACGGCACGUCAUUGAACUCCGCCUUAAUAACAGGACCGGAUCUGCUGGGCUCUCUGUUUGCAAUCUUACUCAACUUUCGAAGACGUAGUGUCGGGCUCACAGGAGACAUCCGUGAGAUGUUUCACCAGAUAAUGAUUCGGCUGGAGGACCAACCGAGCCAGUGUUUCUACUGGCAAGAUAGUCAUGAAGAUACAAUAGUGUACGUUAUGCGGGUUAUGACAUUUGGGGCUUGCUGCUCCCCCACCACAGCACAGUUUGUGAAGAACACCAACGCUGAACGAUUUGCAUACGACUACCCAGCAGCAUACGAAGCCAUUACGAAAUCUCACUACGUCGAUGACAUGCUCGUAAGUGUUGAUACAGAAGAGCAAGCUAUUCAGUUAGCCAAAGACGUUAAGCAUGUCCAUGCGGAAGGUGGAUUCGAGAUUAGAAAUUGGAUAAGCAACUCAAGCAAAGUGCUGGCGUCGCUAAAAGGAUCGGAGGCCGAUGAAAAAUGCCUUGAUUUAUCCUCCGAGCUAGCGACGGAAAAAGUUUUGGGAAUGUGGUGGAACACGCGUGACGAUGUGUUUACAUAUAAAAUCGGAUGGCACCGCUACGAUACGGCUCUGUUAGCCGGGCCACGUCGUCCCACGAAGCGGGAGGUACUGCGCGUGCUCAUGUCGAUUUUUGACCCACUUGGAUUGAUUUCUCACGUUCUCUCGUACUUGAAGAUUCUCCUACAGCAAAUCUGGCGUUCUGGCGUUCAAUGGGACGAGCCCAUCAACGAAGACUCAUUCCACAAAUGGCUAACUUGGCUAAAGGUUCUGCCGCUCGUUGAACAAUUACGAAUACCUCGGUGCUAUAACAAGCUAUACUCAAUGGACGAUGCAGACGAAAUACAGUUGCAUACGAUGGUGGACGCCAGUGAAAAUGCAAUGGCUGCUGUUUGCUAUCUCCGUUUUCUUAAAGAUGACAUCUUCAACUGUUCUAUUGUAGCCGCCAAAACAAGAGUUGCUCCACUAAAAUUUGUAUCAAUUCCAAGAAUGGAACUGGAAGCUGCACGCCUUGGUGCGCGUCUAUCUCUCACGGUAGCAGAAUCGCUAUGUAUUCGAGGCUUCAAAAAGUUUUACUGGACAGAUUCUAAAAAUGUCCUCUCUUGGAUCAACUCAGACCAUCGUCGAUACAACCAAUAUGUUGGUCAUCGUGUCAGUGAGAUUCUGGAGAUCUCGGAAAGGUGUGAAUGGCGAUGGGUUCCUGGAAAACUUAACCCUGCGGACGACGCUACCAAAUGGACUAGUUUACCAGAUUUGUCAUCCGACCACAGGUGGUUCAAGGGAGCCGAAUUUCUUCAGUUAUUGGAAGAAAAUUGGCCUAAGUCGUCAUGUUGUAACGAGGCGACCGAGAAUGAGCUACGAUCUUGCUUCCUUGCAUGCCACACUCAUCCGAUAUCAGUUCUUUCGUUUAUUGAUUUCUCAAGCUGGAAAAGACUUAUUAGAGUCGUAGCACAGGUUCACCGAUUUGCGGACAACUGUCGUCGUAGGCGAGCUGGGAAGUGCGCCACCACAGGUACGCUUACAACCGACGAAUUGUUAAAUGCUGAACAAUCGCUGAUCCGGCUUGCGCAACGGGAAAUGUACCCUAACGAAAUUGCAGCUCUUCAAGGUUCAAAUCGUGAUGCCGGAACCUCUGCCAAAGUCAUUCCCAAAAGCAGUUCACUCUACCAAUUAACGCCUUGGCUAGACGAACGAGGAAUUAUGCGUAUGCGCACUCGCAUUGCGGCAUGCCACUAUGCCACCGAAGACGCAAAGCAGCCGAUCCUUCUUCAUAAAAAACACCACAUCACUAGCCUUAUUGUAAACCAUUAUCACCAAAAGUAUCACCACCAAAACCACGAAACGGUAAUAAAUGAGAUUAGGCAAAAAUUUCGCAUACCACAGUUACGAGCAUGUUAUAACCAGGUACGAAGGUCCUGUCAAAGAUGUAAGAACUAUAGUACAAUACCAAGGCCACCGUACAUGGCUGAUCUCCCGCCGGCACGCUUGGCUGCGUUUUCACGACCCUUUACACACGUGGGCGUGGAUUAUUUUGGGCCCAUCGAAGUUGCUGUUGGAAGAAGAGUGGAGAAGCGGUGGGGCAUGCUAGCCACCUGUUUAACUGUACGAGCGAUUCAUAUCGAGGUCGUAUACUCACUUAGUACAAGCUCGUGCAUCAUAGCCAUUCAAAAUUUUAUUGCACGUCGCGGCGCUCCGCAGAAAAUCUACAGUGACCGCGGUACCAAUUUUGUGGGGGCGAAUCGAGAAUUACGGUGGAUUUCGGAAACCAUCAAUCAGCACGAACUUAUGAAGGAGUUUGCCGAUUCCGGAAUCGAAUGGGUAUUCAACCCACCUCUUUCACCCCACAUGGGCGGCAGCUGGGAACGGCUAAUCCGGACCGUUAAAAGUAAUCUGAUGGUAGUUUGUCGAUCUAAGAGGCCAUCUGACGAGGUGCUCCACAAUCUACUGGUACAGGUGGAGAAUAUAGUUAAUUCACGCCCGUUAACUCACGUGCCGAUUGACGAAGAUUCGGCCCCAGCUCUAACACCGAACGAUUUUUUGCUACUUGAGUCAGGUAAAACAGUAGGUUCGUCCAACGGAUCGAAACCACUUACUACCCUAGACGACAGUGGUGCGACCCUUAAAAUGAACUGGUGUACUUCGCAAAUCCUAGCAAAUCAGUACUGGAAGCGGAGAUGUAGUGGUGAUUGCGGACAACAAAAUGCCCCGCAAUUGUUGGCCCAAGGGGAAAAUCAUUAG